AUGGCUGACAUCAGCGUCAACUUCAUCUGGACAUGUAUCGCGAUCAACCUCAUGCUCACUGUCGUGUUUCAGAUCAACCCGAUCAUCCUCAAGCUCGAGCGAUGGUACAUCGGCUUGUCGACGGCGAUCGGUUUCUUCAUUCCCAUCAUCCCCGCGGCACUUGGCCACUUUGGUUGGGACCCGCUGAUUGAUGUCUGGCUGGUCUUGGACAUUUACCUGUGGCAGCUGCUGUCGUGUGUUGUGGCGACAGUUUGUGUCGGAGCGGGACGCGCGACUUCUCGAGCGAUGUUCGGCGGUGACAGUAUCAACCACCUGAGCCUUUCAGACCCGCAUUCGGAAGAGGAGACCAAGACGACUCGGCACCAUUUCUCGUUAGUGCGGUUGAUCAGCAAGCGUCGGCGUUCAGACCACGAGCGGGCGUUUGGACAUCUGGAAGACCGGUUCAUCCGUAUCGCUUUACGCGUGUCGCUGUACCCGCUGGCGAUGAUCGUCGUCAACACGUUGAUUGCUGCUGGCGACCUCUUCAUCACCGUUAACGGCGUGACGACCACGCCAGGCUACGCGCUGUACUGCGUGUACUACUGGUUCUACGGCGGACGAGGAAUGGUCUUCUGUUGUCUCGCGCUGUUCGUCGACCCGUGUCUCUCGAAGGGCGUGUACGCUGCGUGGCAGGCGAAGUUUCCGACCAAGCACGAGAGCCACACGCCAGAGGCGAAGGAACCUUGGGGAUCUGAGUGCGCCGCCCCGGGUCCCGUCAACACACUCGACAAUGCGCCUGUCGCGACCGUCCUCGAUAGCUUCGGGGGCGAUGGCGUCGCAGCCCCUCAAAACAGUUUACAGCGGCAAGAGUCUGGCGGUAGCAUGGACAUGCUGCAGGCCCUCUUCGCGUCUGAGCCGCCUCACGUCAUCGAGGAGCAGCGCCGCGCCGAAGCCAAGGCGGUCCGAGACGCCGCUCGUGCCGCCCGUCGGCAGUCCCGCCGUUCCUCCGUCGUCACCUUCUGGCGCCGCGGCAGCCGCGACGUCGAGAUACCCCCAAUCACACCUUCUCAACCCGCCCCGCCAUCGCUCCCCAAGUCGUCUCCGCCCACAGAAUCGCCAGGCGAGAUGGAGUUCGCAGGCGUCGACGCCGCCUUCCUUCCCGCCGAGUUCGCCGACCUCACCGACGUCGUGGCCCCCGAGGCCCUGGCUGCCGCCGCCGAGGAGGAGCGCGAACGGCGGGAACAGGAGGAGCGUGAGGCGGCCGAACGUGCCGCCCCGCCGAACGCGCAAAGGAGCUCGACAGGAUCAGUGAGCACAGCGGCGCUUCAACGCCCAACCUUGUCACAACAUUAG